AUGGACAACAACAGCAGCCCUACCUUCUCGUUCUACGGAUCUGCCGAUUGGCAGAUGCUAGAUCAGCAACUCUUCCCGACGGGUAACUACCCAGGGACCCCUCUCAACUCGGAGGCAUCUCAGAACUGGAUGCCUGGCGGGUUUGAACCCGUCAGCCCGGUAUCUGAGGACUCGGCGCCCUCGCCGUCGUCAAGCAAGUUCGCCGAGUUACCUCUCUUCUCCGACCUGGCUGGUGACAUCGUGCCGGGUGGCGACAACGCCAGCUACAGUACGUCUUUCUACACUCCUCUGUCUCCUGACGGAAAGUAUGUUCCGCCGAUUGAAGAAUAUCAGUGGACAUCUGACCAUCGCUUCACGGACAACACCUUGGGAUUGACCUUGAACGCAUCUGGAAUGAAGAUACCGGAUGGGUCUACGCUCGCGCCGAUGCUCAACCAGUGGGCGCUCUCACUGCCGCCCAUGGUCGAUGGAGACUCGGGCCUCCCGCAGCCUUCCAUGCCCUUGGGCAGCAAUGCUUCCGCUGCAACCACUGUAAGUGCUGUAGCCUCUGCUGCCCAGCAGUUGGUGGAUCAGCAUCAAGUGACGCAGUCGAUGCUUCAGGCGAACGCAAACCGACCCGAGAAUGUCUCCGCAAGUGUGGACAUCCCUUUACCGGAACUCCAGGUCAUUCCGCCCAUCAACAUGAGCAAGUUGACAAAGGCUGAGCGCAAGAAAAUCCGCGAAAACACUCGCAACCUUAUCUGCUUCAACUGCAAGACCAGUCGGACGCCCUUGUGGCGUCGCACUGCUGACAGGCAGCAUCCGUUGUGCAACGCAUGUGGCUUAUACUACAAGCAGUAUCAAUGCCACCGCCCAUCGAACAUCCGCCAGAAGACCUCCUCUUCGGUCGAGCUGUCCAUUGUCUCCACCGCCAACGGCACCGACUACGCUGUGGUUAUGCCGAGCGCCGCUGCAUUGCGGAAGGACGCCGGAGCAAUGGUCAAGGUCGUGUCCAUCAACAACACGUCUGGUAUCCACAAGCCACACCAAACGUACACCACGGAAGCCUUCGCCAUGCAACACGCGUUCGCAGAAGCAAUCACCGCGCGUCUCGACCCCUCCUCCACGUCCGCCACGCCAAUGACGACGAACCCGUCCCUCAAGCGCCGCCGCGAAUCCAUCGAGUCCAACCAAGACUCCACCACAUCGUCUUCGUCGCCGUCGCCGUUCGACCCUUUCACCAUCGCUUCGUCGCCGGAAGUGGACCUGGGCAUGUUCCAGCACAGGGUUAAGCGCAUGUGCCAGCUGGAUGCGGUUAGGUUGUUGGGAUCCAUGGAGAGCCAGAUUGCUCUGUUAAGGAACCAUAUUGCUACCUGCAGCAGGGAGGAUGCGAGGGCCGUACAGCAGUUGGCUUGA